AUGAAGGCCCUCGCCACCUUCUGGAUCGUCGUGACGAGGCUCCUGACAUGCAGAGCAGACCAUGAAAUAGAUUUGGCUGACCUGGAUUUCUACCUGGGUUUCUAUGGGGAGCAUUGCAACCCUGGCCCAUCGACACCCCCGUACAUACCCAAUACACUCGCACUAGACCCCACAACUCCGGUGAUACAGGAAUCGUCUACUAUGGAAGACCAUGACAUCAGCAGGUCGUUGACUCCUGGGGAUUCGGCCCCAAACGAGCCAACUAAUCAGGUGAAGAGAGUAAGGCAUACACCAGUCAGUGCACACGAGGAACCCCACGAAGGAAGUUCAUCAGAUGCCCGUCCCACGAAGAAAAGGCGCUUUCCAAAGAAAUUCAAGACAAUGACCGAGCUCAAUCGGCCUCAAGAAGGUCAAUCCAAUGAAGAGAUUGGACGCACGGAACCUGUAAACGACCGCGAUAAGCUGACUGAAUCGGCUCCUAUUACUACGACGCCAACGAUUGCCCCGCAGAUUGAGCGACCAGGCGAUCAGAUUCACAUUUUCGAGAACGAGAGGAGGAAUUGCCGAUUGGUUUUUGAUAAAGAGGUCUUCCAAUUCCUCGGCCGAUCUAAAAAAUUCAACGGCGUAACGCAGAUGAUGAAAAAGCUGAUCCAAAAGCAAGCCAAGGAUGACUCGAAUCAGGUACUGCUCAUCAGACCUGGAAAACUUAAAGCCUUUAAGAGUUAUUUCGCGGUGAUGUGGAAGGAAACACAAACUAAACACAAUAAACGCGGCCCCAAGCACGAUAGAUACACGACACCAUCGAUCAUGGCGAGUCUGGAAUUAAAAGUAAUCAACACACAUAUGGAUUCAUGGCAGCAGGUGUACGAGAAUCGACUAGGAAUCGAUUUCAGACAGUUAGAACAGAGGAUCAAGAAAAUCUUAGCCGACAGUCCAAGUCCAAGGCUGGCAGCAUUGGGAGAGCGGUCGAAGGUGAUGAAAUUCUUGACGCGCUAUCUCGUCUUCGUUGACAUGAUCAUCACCAUCCUACCCCAACCAACAGCGACAAUCUUGAAGAGACCGGAGACCUUCCGAACUGCCUUAAACUGUUUUGAAAAUAAUACCGAAGAACUCCUCCACGGCAAAAAAUUUAAGAUGGCCACACUCAGAAAAAUCACCCCGAUUUGGCAGUAUGUCACCUAUUGGUUAAGCAAAGACCCAAAUUAUUCCAAGGCAAACAUUGUGGAGGGAGGCAAGUUGUCUGCCGGAGGAAGGUAUAAGAAUUUGGAUAUCAAUGCGGACUUGAAAACAUUUUUUGGUUUGGUUUUCGCACAUUCAAUAAAAACCUUAACCGAAAGAAAUUCAAAGCUAUCCGAGCCUUUUCCUGCUGAGCCAAUUGAGGUCAAGUUGGAAGACAGUUGA